AUGGCAGAAGCUUUUGGCAUUGUUUCGGGGGCGGUCGGGAUUGCUGGCAUCUUCACCACCUGCCUCGAGUGUUUCGAUUACAUUCAACUUGGUCGACGCUUUGGUCAAGACUUCCAGACAAAUCAGCUGGUGCUAAGCGGGCUCAAGCUCCGCCUAUCUCGCUGGGGCGAGGCGGUCCAUCUCUAUACCGAUCCGCAGCUCGGACACCCCACGGCAUCAGAGGCAGAUCUCCAGCUCGCUAAGAACACACUCUAUCAGAUAUUAGUCCUGAUGGCCGAUUCGGAGAAAGUUUCGAAAAAGUUCGACAUCACUGCAAGACCGGGCGAUGAUUUGUCCGAUUCGACAAACAACCAUCGCAUGACGGCAAAUGUGGCUGCCAUGGACGAUCUGAUGCGAAAACAAGCUGCACGGCGACAGAAGGGUACUAGCCUGGUCAAGAUCACAAGCUGGGCACUUCACGACAAGGAGCACUUCUCGGGGCUCAUUGAAAACAUAGCCAAGCUUUUGGAUGGCCUGGAGCAGAUGUUUCCAGCUCCAGAGGCUCAGAAAUCGCUAGCAGAGUCGGAAAUUAGGGAGGUUUGCAAUGGGAUCCAGGAUCAACAGGGCGUUACUCUCAAGCUGAUCCAAGACCUGUCAAAUGGCGUCGACGGUGUUCUCAAAAACCAGGCAUCAACAAUGAUCGAGAAGGGAAUCACCGUGGGCUCGUUGGUGGCGACGGACAAUUCUCGAGUCAGAGAUGGGAGCUUUUAUGGUUCAGCGUGGAAGGGAGAGACGCAGGUACCGGUGAGCUACAGCCGUGUUGCGAUUGAUACUAUUCACGCCGAGGGUCACUCCCGGGUCAUGAAUGGUCAUACCUACGCGGACCAGGACAAUUUCUGGAAUUGAAAUUGAAGUCUCUGGGAUUUAGUGCAUUUCCAUGCAUUGGCAGUAUACUUGAG